AUUAUUUAAUAUUUUAUUAAAAAAUAAAUUUAAAAUUGGAAAAAACUCUCAUCGUCUUCCUUUUCCUCUUCGUCGAUUCCGCUACACCACUUCCCGCGACAUCCAUCUCCCAGCGCGUUUUGUGCUCAAAUGUCCAAAACGCGUUUCUCCUCGCGACGUUUCUUAGCCCCCGCCUUGUUUUGACCUUAAUCUCUCCAACUCCAUCCCCAGCACUCCGUAAGACACUUCAAACGCUCGUGCUUCCUCUACGGACUCUACACUUUCCGCAGAUCUCUCUCCAUUGAUUCGUCAAAUGCUCGUCGGCGAUUCGUUUACCUAGGGUUUUGCUUCAAUUUUCCUGCGGAUCCGGCUCGCGUGCAGUGAGAGUUGAGCUUUUGGAGAGAUGGCGAGAGUAUACGGUAACUGGGAGCGCCUUGUUCGGGCAACUUUACAGAGAGAGAAGCUCCGGAACGCCGGCAAGAGCCACGAAAGGACCCCCAGUGGAAUCGCCGGAGCAGUCCCGCCGUCGCUCGGACGGACCACGAACAUUGAUGCGAUUUUGCAGGUGGCUGAUGAGAUACAGUCCGAGGAUCCAAAUGUUGCCAGGAUUUUGUGUGAGCAGGCAUAUUCUAUGGCACAAAAUCUGGACCCCAGCAGUGAUGGUAGAGGUGUCCUGCAAUUCAAAACUGGUUUGAUGUCUGUGAUCAAGCAAAAGUUUGCUAAAAGGGAUGGUGCGCCAAUAGACCGAAAUCGUGAUGUUGAACGAUUGUGGAACUUUUACCAACUGUACAAAAGGCGACACAGAGUGGAUGAUAUUCAGAGAGAGGAACAAAAAUGGCGGGAAUCUGGAACUUUUAGUGCGACUCUUGGAGAGUUGGAAUUCAGAUCUUCCAAGAUGAAAAAGGUGUUUGCUAACCUGAGGGUGCUUGUUGAUGUCCUGGAGGCUCUUAGUAAAGAAGCUGCUCCUGAUGGAGUGGGAAGACUAAUUAUGGAGGAGUUAAGAAAAAUAAAAAAGGCAGAUGCAACAUUGUCUGGGGGGGAGCUAACACCUUACAAUAUUGUACCAUUGGAUGCGCCAUCAUUAACAAAUGCUAUCGGACUUUUCCCUGAAGUUAGAGGAGCGACAUCUGCAAUAAGAUACACAGAACAUUUUCCGAAGCUUCCUGUUGAUUUUCAAAUUUCAGGAAUGAGGGAUGCAGACAUGUUUGACCUUCUGGAAUAUGCAUUUGGUUUUCAGAAAGACAACAUAAGGAAUCAGCGUGAGAAUGUCAUUCUUAUGUUGGCCAAUGCUCAGUCUCGACUUGGCAUACCUGUUGAAGUCGAGCCUAAGAUAGAUGAGAAAGCCAUCACUGAGGUUUUUUUGAAGGUGCUAGAUAACUACAUCAAAUGGUGCAAAUACUUGCGGAUACGCCUUGCAUGGAAUAGUUCAGAAGCAAUUAAUAGGGACAGGAAACUUUUUUUGGUUUCACUGUACUUUUCAAUAUGGGGUGAAGCCGCAAAUGUCCGUUUUCUGCCUGAAUGCAUUUGCUAUAUAUUUCACAAUAUGGCGAAAGAAUUAGAUGCUAUAUUGGAUCAUGGAGAAGCUAACCCUGCUGCUAACUAUAUAACUGAAAAUGGUUCAGUGUCAUUCCUCGAGCAAAUCAUUCUUCCUAUAUAUGAGACAAUGGUAGCGGAAGCUGCGAGAAAUAACAAUGGGAAAGCUGCGCAUUCCGCAUGGCGGAAUUAUGAUGAUUUCAAUGAAUAUUUCUGGUCACCUGCGUGCUCUGAGUUGAGGUGGCCUAUUGGGAAGGAAUCAUCCUUUCUCUUGAAGCCUAAAAAGUGGAAAAGGACUGGGAAAAGCACAUUUGUUGAGCAUCGGACAUUUCUUCACUUGUAUAGGAGUUUUCAUCGUCUAUGGAUCUUUUUGGCCAUAAUGUUCCAGAUUUUAACAAUUUUAGCCUUCCACAGUGGGAAUAUUGAUAUUAAUACUUUUAAGAUUGUACUUAGCACUGGUCCUACAUUUGCAAUCAUGAAUUUUAUCGAGAGUUGUUUAGAUGUCCUGCUUAUGUUUGGGGCUUAUAACACAGCGAGAGGCAUGGCAAUCUCAAGGCUGGUUAUAAGGUUCUUUUGGUGGGGCAUCAGCUCUGCAUUUGUGACAUACGUCUACAUGAAAGUUUUAGAGGAGAGAAAUGAUGCAGGCUCAAAUUCUUUCUAUUUUCGGAUAUAUAUUCUUGCCUUGGGGGCUUAUGCUGGUUUACGCCUAUUCCUUGCAAUGUUACUUAAAUUUCCAGCUUGCCACUCCCUAUCGGAAAUGUCUGAUCAAUCGUUCUUCCAAUUUUUCAAGUGGAUUUAUCAGGAGCGUUAUUAUGUUGGACGUGGUCUUUUUGAAAGGACAAGUGAUUAUUUAAGGUAUGUGCUCUUCUGGUUGGUGAUUUUCGUAUGCAAAUUCACUUUUGCAUACUUCCUCCAGAUUCGACCACUUGUCACACCUACCAAUAUUAUUGUUAAUCUUCAUUAUGUGCAGUACUCGUGGCAUGAUUUGAUCUCAAAGAACAAUAAUAACCUCUUGACCAUAGCUAGCAUAUGGGCACCUGUUGUUGCUAUCUAUCUCAUGGACAUUCACAUAUGGUACACUGUCUUGUCUGCAAUAAUUGGUGGUCUAACCGGUGCUCGGGCUCGCCUAGGCGAGAUACGUUCUGUUGAGAUGGUGCACAAACGAUUUGAAAGCUUUCCCGAGGCUUUUGUCCAGAAUCUUGCGUCUCCACAAGCAAAAAGGAUGCCAUUUGACAGACAAUCAUCUCAGGCUUCUCAGGAUAUGAACAAGGCAUAUGCGGCCAUAUUUUCUCCAUUUUGGAAUGAGAUAAUUAAAAGUUUGCGUGAAGAAGAUUUUAUUAGUAAUCGUGAGAUGGACUUGCUUUCUAUUCCUAGCAACACUGGAAGUUUGAGAUUGGUUCAGUGGCCCUUAUUUCUACUAAGCAGUAAGAUCUUGUUAGCAGUUGAUUUAGCCUUGGACUGCAAAGAUGCUCAAGAAGAUCUUUGGAUUAGAAUAAGUAGGGAUGAAUACAUGGCAUAUGCUGUGCAGGAGUGCUACUACAGCAUGAAAAUAAUUCUGCUUUCUCUAAUUGUUGGUGAAGGGAAACUUUGGGCUGAGAGGAUAUUCCGUGAGAUCGAGAAUAGUAUAGCAGAGGGCUCUCUUGUCAUAACAUUAUCUCUUAAGAAGCUUCCAUUGGUGCUGUCAAGAUUUACAGCAUUGACUGGACUCCUGAUACGGGAUGAAACUUCUGGUCUUGCAAGCGGUGCUGCAAAUGCUGUGUAUGAGCUCUAUGAAGUUGUUACACAUGACCUGCUGUCAUCUGAUUUAAGGGAGCAGCUUGAUACCUGGAACAUAUUGGCAAGGGCAAGAAAUGAAAGGCGCCUAUUUUCUAAGAUAGAGUGGCCCAGGGAUUCGGACAUUAAAGAACAAGUGAAGAGGUUGCAUCUCCUUCUAACUGUGAAGGAUUCAGCUACUAAUAUUCCAAAAAAUUUUGAAGCCAGAAGAAGAUUACAGUUCUUUGCAAAUUCAUUAUUUAUGGACAUGCCUCCAGCAAAAUCUGUUAGUGAGAUGAUGCCUUUCUGUGUCUUCACGCCAUACUACAGUGAGACUGUUCUUUAUAGUUCCUCUGAACUGCGAGUUGAAAAUGAAGAUGGAAUAUCUACUCUUUUCUAUCUUCAAAAAAUUUUUCCUGAUGAAUGGGAGAAUUUUCUGGAACGGAUUGGUCGGGGUGAGACUACUGGGGAUGAGGAAAUUCAAGAAAGCUCUAGUGAUUCAUUGGAGCUUAGGUUUUGGGCCUCUUAUCGUGGCCAGACUUUAGCUAGAACAGUGCGUGGUAUGAUGUAUUAUAGAAGGGCUUUAAUCCUACAGAGUUACUUGGAGAGGAGAGGGCCUGCAGGUGAUUAUUCUCAAGCAAGUCUCGCCUCAACCCAAGGUUUUGAGCUGUCCCCUGAAGCACGAGCACAAGCAGAUAUAAAAUUCACUUAUGUGGUAUCGUGCCAAAUUUAUGGGCAGCAGAAACAGAGGAAAGCUCCAGAAGCAGCUGACAUUGCUCUGUUGCUGCAAAGGAAUGAGGCUCUUAGAGUUGCUUUUAUACAUAUGGAGGAGAGUGUCGGAGCUGAUGGAAAGGUUUCAAAGGAAUUUUUUUCUAAGCUUGUCAAGGCUGAUGUACAUGGGAAGGAUCAGGAGAUUUAUUCCAUCAAACUUCCUGGAGAUCCAAAGCUCGGAGAAGGGAAGCCUGAAAACCAAAACCAUGCCAUUGUAUUUACACGUGGGGAAGCUGUUCAAACCAUUGACAUGAAUCAGGAUAACUACCUGGAGGAGGCUAUGAAAAUGAGAAAUCUUCUUGAAGAAUUUCGAGUUAAAAAUCAUGGCAUCCGACCUCCAACUAUUCUUGGCGUAAGAGAGCAUGUUUUUACUGGAAGUGUCUCAUCUUUGGCCUGGUUUAUGUCGAACCAAGAGACCAGCUUUGUGACUUUGGGUCAACGUGUUUUGGCUUAUCCUCUCAAAGUUCGAAUGCACUAUGGACAUCCUGAUGUAUUUGACCGAAUAUUUCAUAUAACACGAGGUGGCAUUAGUAAAGCUUCACGUGUUAUUAACAUUAGUGAAGACAUAUAUGCAGGGUUCAAUUCGACAUUGAGGCAGGGUAACAUUACACACCAUGAAUAUAUCCAGGUUGGAAAAGGAAGAGAUGUUGGGUUAAACCAGAUAGCCCUAUUUGAGGGCAAAGUUGCUGGUGGAAAUGGGGAACAAGUCUUGAGCAGGGAUGUAUACAGGCUUGGGCAACUUUUUGACUUCUUCAGAAUGCUGUCUUUCUAUUUCACUACUGUUGGUUACUAUUUGUGCACAAUGAUGACAGUUCUUACCGUAUACAUUUUCCUAUAUGGAAGAGUUUACUUGGCAUUCUCUGGACUGGAUUAUGGAAUUUCACGUGCAGCUAAAUUGUUGGGUAACACAGCGCUGGAUGCAGUUCUCAAUGCUCAGUUCUUGGUACAGAUAGGGGUAUUUACUGCAAUACCAAUGAUAAUGGGGUUUAUACUUGAACUUGGCCUACUGAAGGCUGUUUUCAGCUUUAUUACAAUGCAGCUUCAGUUAUGUUCUGUCUUCUUCACAUUCUCAUUAGGAACCAGAACUCAUUACUUUGGUCGAACCAUCCUUCAUGGAGGUGCAAAAUAUAGAGCGACUGGUAGAGGUUUUGUUGUCCGUCAUAUUAAGUUUGCUGAAAAUUACAGGCUUUACUCAAGAAGUCAUUUUGUUAAGGCAUUUGAGGUGGCGCUGCUCCUUAUAGUUUACAUAGCAUAUGGGUACAUAGAUGGAGGUUCUGGUACAUUUGUUCUUCUGACUAUCAGCAGUUGGUUCCUUGUGAUAUCAUGGCUCUUUGCUCCUUAUAUUUUUAAUCCCUCGGGUUUUGAAUGGCAAAAGACUGUAGAGGAUUUUGAUGAUUGGACCAGUUGGCUUCUUUAUAAAGGAGGAGUGGGUGUUAAGGGAGAAAGUAGUUGGGAAUCCUGGUGGGAUGAGGAACAGAUGCACAUUCAAACACUGAGAGGCCGUAUACUGGAAACAAUUUUAAGCUUGAGGUUUUUAAUGUUUCAGUAUGGCAUUGUCUAUAAACUCCAGCUCACUGGAAAAGAUACAUCACUUGCGAUUUAUGGAUUUUCUUGGGUUGUACUCAUUUGCUUUGUUAUGAUAUUCAAGUUCUUCACCUUCAGCCCAAAAAAAUCCUCCAAUUUCCAGCUGUUGAUGCGAUUUAUACAGGGAGUCAUAUCCUUAGCGCUUGUUGGUGCCCUUUGCCUUGUAGUUGCCUUUACAAACUUGUCAAUUACUGAUUUGUUCGCUAGCGUUCUUGCAUUUAUUCCAACUGGAUGGACCAUUAUAUCUCUGGCAAUCACAUGGAAGAGGGUGGCAAGGAGCCUAGGGUUGUGGCUUUCAGUGCGGGAGUUCGCUAGGAUGUAUGAUGCUGGGAUGGGUAUGAUAAUUUUUGCCCCUAUAGCUGUUUUAUCAUGGUUUCCAUUCAUUUCCACAUUCCAGUCUCGCCUUCUCUUUAACCAAGCAUUCAGCCGCGGCCUGGAGAUAUCCAUCAUUCUUGCCGGAAACAAAGCUAAUGUUCAGACUUGAUUUUCCUUUCACAAUCCUCUGGCAGUGUGCAGCUUUUGUAACCCUUGGGACCUUUCUAGCUUGUAAAUUGUAGCAGAAAAUUGUCUUGUAAAUUUUCACAUUUUUUGGGUCUAGAUGCUAGGAUGCAUCAUGGGUACUGUAUGUAUAGAUUGUUGGCACAAAUGGAUCAGCAGGGAUAUUUUUUCAGUUUUGUUACUAUGCGAUGCUUUCUUAGUAGAAAUUGUAUUGAUUCCUCGAGAA